AUGUUGUCAUUGAAGCUUAUUGCCUCUUCUUUGGCAUUGCUUGGAAACGUGGUCUCCGCUGUCGACGUCAGCACUAAUACCAAUGUCGCUCUUUACUGGGGACAAAACUCUGCUGGCGGGGCCAAUACUCAACAAAGUCUUGCUACUUACUGUCAAGAUGCCUCUACUGACAUUGUUAUUUUGUCUUUCUUAAAUACCUUUUUCGGUCCUGGUAACCUUCCCGAGGUUAACUUUGGUCCUUCUUGUGGAGGUCCCAACUUCCCAGGUUCAUCUUUGGAGUCUUGUCCCAACAUUGGUCAAGAUAUUCAGACCUGUCAAUCUCUUGGUAAGACUGUUCUUCUUUCUUUGGGUGGUGCUAUUGGUGACUACGGUUUCACCAGUGACUCUCAAGCAGCUGAUUUCGCUGAUACUCUCUGGAACACUUUCGGUGGUGGUUCUUCUGACACCAGACCUUUUGGUGAUGCUGUUGUCGAUGGUUUCGACUUGGACAUUGAGAACGGUGAUUCUACUGGUUAUGUUGCCUUUAUCAAUGAAUUGAGAAAAGACUAUGCUACUGACUCCAGCAAGACUUAUUACAUUUCUGGUGCCCCAGUGUGCCCACUUUCAGGAAACGACUUGUCUAGUGCUAUCACUGGUGCUGACUUUGACUUUAUCUUUGUUCAAUUCUAUGACAACACUUGUGGCAUGCAAGCUUGGGCUCCUAAUGAUGCUAACUCUGCCUUUAACUUUGAUGCUUGGAACACUUUCAUCACCACUGAGGCCGAUAACACCAACGCCAAGAUCUACUUGGGUGUUCCUGGUGGCCCCACUGCUGCUAACUCUGGUUACGAGCCUGCCGACACUGUCAUCCAAGCUGCUCAAUACUUGCAAAAGAACUACCCCUCAUUUGGCGGUGUUAUGAUCUGGGAUGCUUCUCAAGCCUUUAACAAUGUCAACGACGGUGUCAACUUUGCUCAAGCUGUCAAGGCCGGUCUUCUUGAGGAGGAUGUUGUUUCUUCUACCACCUCUGCCAGCUCUACUGCUGUUUCUACUGUUGCCAGCUUGGCUGCUGAGACUGGUGUCAUUGCUGUUGCAGUUACUUCUGGUUUCCACAACUCCAGUUCCAGUUCCAGUAGUGCCGCUACUGCUGCUCCUGCUACCGUCACUGCUUACGCUACCAGUGAGGCCGUUGUCCAAGAGACUGUUGUCGAGACCAUCACCUCGUGUACUGGAUCCAACGUUGUCAGCUGUCACUACGUUACCAAGACCUACGUCACUGCUAGCACUUCUACUCCCUCUGUAUUGUACGAGACCAAGGUCGUCACUUACACCUCCAACGGCGAGGUUGUUAUCACCACCACCGUCUGUCCCUUGACUGAGACCACUGCUGCUGUUCCUGCUUCUACUGCUUCUGGAUCCAGCGCUGCUGCUGCUGUUCUCACCAGUGUUGCCGGUGCUGCUGCUCCUGCUGUUACCAGUGCCCCAGCUGCUGGUCCUGCUUCCGAGACUGGUGAGUCUGUCACCACCUCGAUCAUCUACGAUACGGAGCUCCUCACUGUCACCGUCAGCGGCCAAGUCGAAGAGACAACUGCCGUAGUCGCCGUCCCAGCCCCUGUCGCCACCUCCAACGGCACUUUUGCAUCCAACAGCUCUGCCGUUGCUCCCGCAAUCGAGCCCUCUGUUCCCUUCGCCGAGUCCACUGGAGCAGCCAGCGCUGUCACCGUCUCCGUCUUCGGUUUUCUCGCUGCCGGUAUCGCCAUGCUCCUCUAA